AUGUCAGGAGAGAUCAGGCGGAAGUUGGUCAUCGUCGGUGAUGGUGCUUGUGGUAAAACAUGUCUCCUCAUCGUCUUCAGCAAGGGCAUGUUCCCAGAGGUUUACGUUCCCACCGUCUUUGAAAACUAUGUAGCAGAUGUUGAAGUAGACGGCAAGAAGGUUGAACUAGCUCUUUGGGAUACUGCUGGUCAGGAAGACUACGACCGACUUCGACCCCUCUCAUAUCCUGAUUCUCAUGUAAUCCUCAUCUGUUUCGCCAUCGACUCCCCCGACUCUCUUGACAACGUGCAAGAAAAGUGGAUCUCCGAGGUCCUUCAUUUCUGCCAAGGUCUCCCAAUCAUCCUCGUCGCGUGCAAGAAGGAUCUCCGAGAUGACCCAAAGACCACUCAAGAUCUCGCCCGAAUGAAUCAAAGACCCGUUUCCAGAGCUGAAGGUUUGGCUGUCGCGCAAAAGAUCGGUGCUCAAGGUUACGUCGAGUGUAGUGCUAAGACCGGCGAAGGUGUCCGAGAGGUAUUUCAAACUGCAACCAGACAUGCUUUAAUGAGCAAAAAAUCAGGACGAUCCAAGAAAGGCAAAGGUUGUGUAGUGCUUUAG